UUGGUUGGAUCAAGCUGAAAAAGGCUAUACUAGAAUGUUUACCAUUCAAAACGAUUUGACGUUCGCGAAACAGCUGAGCAUUUUCUUAUCGCGUUCCUUUCGUAACUAUUCCGUAGGUAAGGUCAUCAUGAGCAGCGCUGCAGUGGACUCGAAACCGAGCGAUGCCCCGGAGCAUUGUCCCGGAACGGAGAGUGAGAAUGCUGGCAAGUCGUCAGCAUGUGCUGGCUGUCCCAAUCAGCAGAUAUGCGCAACGGGCCCGAAAGGUCCGGACCCCGCGAUAGCGCUUGUGAAGGAAAAACUCCAGGAGGUACGGAAUAAAAUUUUGGUCCUCUCGGGCAAAGGAGGAGUGGGGAAGAGUACGGUAACGGCGUUGUUAAGUCGUGCGUUGGCGCACCAAAAUCCGGAGAAGAAUUUCGGGGUACUGGAUAUUGACAUCUGUGGUCCAUCGCAGCCCCGCGUUUUGGGAGUGCUUGGGGAGCAGGUACAUCAGUCGGGAUCCGGUUGGUCACCGGUUUAUAUUGAGGACAAUCUGAGUCUGAUGUCGAUUGGCUUUCUGCUGGGAAGUCCAGAUGAUGCAAUCAUAUGGAGGGGGCCAAAGAAAAAUGGCAUGAUUCGACAGUUUCUCACCGAAGUUGACUGGGGACAGCUGGACUUUCUGGUGCUUGAUACACCUCCUGGGACUUCGGACGAGCAUCUGUCAGCUACCACUUAUCUUAAGGAAAGUGGUGGGGCUUGGGGAGCGGUUCUUGUGACCACGCCACAGGAAAUGGCCCUACUCGAUGUUCGUAAGGAAAUCACAUUCUGCAAAAAGAUGGGUAUCCCUGUCGUUGGAGUAGUAGAGAACAUGUCGGUGUUUGUGUGCCCCAAAUGCACUACGGAAUCGGACAUUUUCCCGGCCAAGACUGGCGGAGCUGAGAGUAUGUGCAAGGAGAUGGAAGUAACCUACCUUGGAAAGCUCCCGUUGGAUCCCCGAUUGGCUCAGUGUUGUGACGAAGGAAAGGAUUUCAUUAGCGAGCAUUCCAAGAGCCCAACGGUGCUUGCGUUGAAGCAGAUUGUGGCCAAGGUGCAGGAGUUUUAUGAAAGUUGAACCGUGAGUUUUUGUUGUCUGUAAUACAUAAAUUUUGAAAAGUA